AUGAGCAAAAAAUCAGAAGACACAUCUUCUGUUAGCCCUAUGGCUACUGGUGUGGAUCCAAGUAUUCGGGCCAUACUAGACGCUAUGCAGAAGCAGAACGAAAUCAAGUUAAGAAAACUGUUAAAGGAGACUAUUAAAGCAGCGACUAGUCGGAGUUAUCAGGGGGCGCAUGAUCCAAAAUUAAAUAAUAAAAUAAAAGGUUUUGUUACUGAAAAGUUAGAGAGAUUUCAUGACAACAAAAGCAUUGCCUGUGCAGAGUGCAGUGUAUCAAUGUGCACUAAAAAUGCAAGCAACGUGACGAUUACUUUUAGAACACCACAAGCACCACGAAAACACAAUCAAGACCAAACAAGAUCAAGUUCAAAAGUGAAGUUACGUGAGCUUAUUACUGCUAACGACCAAAAAUUGAAUUACGAUCCCGAGCAUCAACUCGCUGAUCUUCAAGUAGAAUGUUCCGACAAAGACAGGACGACACAAGAGCUCGAGAAGCACAUAGAGGACAUGAAGGAGGAAGUGCAAAAAUUAGAAUUACAACACGACGAGGUAGAAAUUGAAGGUAAAGUAAAAGAUAUGAACGAACAAAAUAAUUUUCUUAGAAAAGAACUGGAAAACGUCCAAAAACUUUCCAAAGAUGAAGAAUUAGGUGAUAUAAUAAAACUUCAUGAUGAAGAAAAAUAUAAACUGAUACAGCAUUGGUGUUCUGUAGAAUGUCAAACUGUCAUAAAGGGUUACAUUGAUGGAAAAGUGCAUAAGGAAAGUAGUGAGACAGAGAGCAUAAAGAACGCUGCGAUUAAUGAAGUAGAACAAGAAAUAAUAAAUAAGGACCCACAAAUUGAUGAUCAAUGUAAAAAAAAAAAAAAAAAAGAUGAGAAAUUUCAAGAAGAGCAAGCAGAGAAUACAACUGAGAUUGGAGAUCAUUCAAGAUAUGCAGUGAGUGCCCAGCAACAUGAGGAUGAUCUUAAGCAACUGGUUGGAUUUAAGAAGCAAUUGGAGAAGAAAUUAGCUGAUGCUUACGAAGAGGUCGAGGAACAACGUCAGGUUGUUGGACAAUGGAAACGACGCGUGCAAAGUCUGAAUGGCGAGAUGCACGACUUGAGACUACUGUUGGAAGAACAAACAGCUAGGAAUAAUCUUCUGGAAAAGAAACAGCGCAAAUUUGAUUCAGAAACUCAGAAUCUAAUGAACGAUCUGCGGCAAGAGAAAGCGCAACGUAAAAGAUUAGCUAGAGAAAAAGAAAUCGCGAUCGCGGAGUAG